CGGCGGCAGGGGCGGCCCCGGGAUCACAUGGGCGGAGGCAGGUCCCGGAGCCCCGGGCGAGCUCUCCCUAGAGUUGGACAGACGGCUGCGUUGGAACGGCGGCGGCUCCUCUUCCUUACUCCCUCCGUUCUUCCCUCCCUCCUUCCCUUUCCUGGCCGGCCUAGCCGCUCAGCCCGACCGGCAAGCGGCAGCCAGGCAUGGCGCUGACUGUGGAUGUGGUGGGGCCAGCACCUUGGGGCUUCCGAAUUAGCGGAGGCAGAGAUUUCCACAUGCCCAUCAUUGUGACCAAGGUAACAGAGCGGGGCAAAGCUGAGGCAGCUGAUCUCCGGCCUGGCGACAUCAUUGUGGCCAUCAAUGGAGAGAGUGCAGAGAGCAUGCUACAUGCUGAGGCCCAGAGCAAGAUUCGACAGAGUGCCUCACCCUUACGACUGCAGCUGGACCGGUCCCGAACUGCCUCUUCUGGGCAGACCAAUGGGGAGGGCUCCUUGGAAGUAGUGGCAUCAAGAUUCCAGGGCUCUCUAAGGACGCACCAUGACAGCCAAUCCUCCUGGAGGCCUGCUUACUUCAGCCCAGCCUCCCUUAGUCCCAGGGCAGGCAGCCCUUUCUCCACUCCACCCCCAGCCAGCCCACUUGCCCUUUCUGGAGAGGACGAGAUUGGCUGCAGUUUCCAGAAUCUGACACAGUCACCACCGGGCCUUGCUGCUACCCACCACCCAUCUUACCUGGGCCACCCCACCAGGCAACAGGCCGGCCACAGUAGCCCAAGCGACUCCGCAGUGAGGGUGCUGCAACAUUCUCCGGGACCUCGGUCCUCCAGUCCUAGGUUCAGCAGCUUGGACCUGGAAGAGGACUCAGAGGUAUUCAAGAUGCUGCAGGAGAACCGUCAGGGACGGGCGGCCCCGAGGCAGUCCAGCUCCUUUCGGCUCUUGCAGGAAGCCUUGGAGGCUGAGGAGAGAGGUGGCACACCUGCCUUUGUGCCCAGUUCGCUAAGUCCGCAGGCUUCUUUGCCCACCUCCAGGGCCGCAGUCACCCCACCCAAGCUCCACACCUGUGAGAAGUGCAAUGUCAACAUCUCGAACCAGGCCGUCCGCAUCCAGGAGGGGAGGUACCGGCAUCCUAGCUGCUACACCUGCGCAGACUGUGGGCUGAACCUGAAGAUGCGUGGUCACUUCUGGGUGGGCGAUGAGUUGUACUGUGAGAAGCAUGCUCGCCAGCGCUACUCGAUGCCUGGGACUCUCAGCUCUCGGGCCUGAACCUCACGGCACUCAGCCUGUCUGCACCCUCAGAGUCUGCAGACAUGACCGUACUGAGACCAAGCAGGGAGGGGGUAAUAGCAGGUGAUGGAUCUUACUUACAAACUAAGGUUGGGGAAGCCCCUUUGUCCUUGCUGGGUGAGGCCAAGGGCUGGGACUAGUCUCAGGCUGCAAGUACUGAGGACAGUUCCAUUCUCUCAGGCCUUUCUCCUGCAGUCCAGGUACUGUACUGCAGUCUGUAGUGGCCGUUAUGUUUGACAGCUUUGCAUAUGGGCUUGGGCACAGAUAAAAGUAUCUAAAAGGGAAAGCUGGACCUGAGGUUAAUGAUACUCACAAUGUUAAGUUUCUAGCAUAUGAACUAUCUCUUUAUGUGGAUAUAAUUAAGUAGUGUCCUUCCGCUGGGCAGUGGUGGCACAUGCCUUUAAUCCCAGCACUUGGGAGGCAGAGGCAGAGG